GAACCCCCGUGAGCGAGCUGGAAGUGGGUUCAAAAAUCCGCUCGAUCACCGACUCCAGCAACAACAGGCACACAUUUCAACGGUUACCUCCCGUCAUGGGGUGGCAAACGAAAAAUUACAAAAAAACACAUACCCACUGCCUCCAUCGUAAUCGUCCGCGAAUGACGUUUCCGCGGUGAAGCCAGGUUGAGAAGGGGGAAGAGUUGUAUGUUAUUAAACAGAGCGCCGACACAAACACAGCAAGCCGGGUUCUCGGGCUGAACCGUGCGCUCCCCAGUAGUGUGUUCCGUUCCGUGCGGAAAAGAUCGGUUUGCGCAAAUGGCCCAACGUGCUGAAACGUUCUUCCCGUGCGAUGGGCUGUCCGGCCAGCUGGACCAGAUUGCGGCCACGGAACUGCGGGAAGAGGACAAGCUGCGCGACCAAUCGCUGGCCGCGAUGCGUGAGUGGAUCCGGCAGAAUGGGCGACUCCACCGGUGCCGCACGGACGAUCGGUUUCUGUUGCGGUUUUUGCGCGUGAAAAAGUUCUCCGUGCCGAUGGCUUGCGAGAUGCUGGAACGGUAUCUGACCAUGCGUCAGACGUAUCCACGCUGGUUCGCCCGGCUUGAUCCGGAAGAUGCGGAUCUCGGGGCGGUGCUGGAUGCGUGCUGUUUGGUGCCGAUCGGACGUGAUCCGGCGAGUGGACGGAUUGUGAUCUUCGGUGUGGUGAGGAACUUUGACGCUCAGCGGUACAACUCGGACACGAUGAUACGGUUGAACAUGCUGGUGGCGGAAGCGUUGCUGGACGAGGAUGCGAACCAGAUUGCCGGCUUUACGCACAUCUUCGACAAUGGCGGCAUGACGAUGGCACACGUCACGUGCUGGACGCUGGACAACCUGGCCGGCUACUUGCGGAGCGUAAUCAACUGUGUGCCGGUGCGGUUGAAGGAGAACCAUUUCGUCAGUGUGCCCACGUUUGCGGCACAAAUCAGCAAGUACUGUUUGUCGUUCGCGAGUGAGAAGCUUCGUGCCCGCAUUCAUUGUCACAGCACGGUGGAUGAGUUACGGGCGAAGGUGUCCCCGGAGCUGCUGCCCCUGGAGUACGGUGGCAACGGUGCCACCCUGAAGGUGCUGAACGAACGAUUUAGAGAGUUUCUUCGGUCGAAGCGCACUACGCUGCUGGAGCUUGACGAGAUGGAGAUCGAUCUGAAGGAUCCACGGGAAGCGGCCGUCCACGAGGAUGUGGGCGAGGUGGUGGUCGAUGGUGCUGUUGGGAGCUUCCGAAAGCUCUCGAUCGAUUGAAUCAUCCCCUGGCGGAUCUUCUUCCUCCACCUCAAUGUGAUAAGCUGCUACUGCUGCAAGGUUAUCUUAUCUCCAAAGCUUGGUAUAAGGCACUCGAAGGCAAAAACAAACCAAUCUCGCAGCCAAGAAGCGUGAAGGAGACAUGUUUGUUUAGUUUUUUUUUUGUUUUGGUUUUUGAUUUGCAGUCGAAUUUUUGUUUAGUCACGGUCCGCCAAAUGACGUAGCAUUUGGCAAAUGUUAAAUGACAAAGUGAGAAACGGUUUCGUACGGACGGUGUAUCUAUAUGCGAGCGCGCUUGUACAAAAAAAGCAACCACUCAUCCUUUCUAAAAUUCUAUUAAAACUGUGUUUCAUCAACAUCGAUCACAACACUUCAGAAUAGGUCAAUGGCAAAAAACGAGUUCUUGCAAACGCAAUUAUAAGUGAUUGUUUUCAUCGAUUCUGGGGUGUGUAUGUGUGCGAUUCUGAUUUCUUGUAACGGUGACGUCAAAGGGAGCUAAAUUCAUUUCAAACAGCAUAAGAUUCAGUAUUACGUUUAAGCAUGGUUUUGGAAUGGGUCCAGAAUAAAAUGUAUUAUUUUA